UUGUACGCAACCACCACAUAUUUUUGUGUUUUGUGAAUAAAAGUGGCUCUAACCUUCGCAUUUACAUUUUUGUGAUUUAUUGAAAAGUUGUUAAAAUUAAAUUAAUCACUCAGUAGUUACUGUUAAAAGUUUUACAAUUGAAUAACAAAACACGAUGAUACUCCCAAAGUAUAAACUGACCCAGGACGACGAGUUCGUUACCAUCAAUAUACAAGCACCCUACUGCAGUUUAGGAGAAUUGGACGUUGAUAUUGACGGCAAUACAUUUCUCUUUGUCUGUAAGCCUUAUUACCUAAGAUUAACAUUACCUGGCCAAAUUUUGGAUGAUGACAGGAUGCGCACAACCCUUGACACAGAUUCCGGUGAGUUUUCUCAUAGAUGUCCUAAGAAGAACAAGGGUGAAUAUUUCAAGGACCUUGAUCUGAUUACAAACGUUGUUACACCAAGCGUUGAAGCUUCUUACAAUGAUGGAUCUAUGCCUAUCGAAAUUCUCUCAGAAAGUCAAGAGUGGAACUCUACAUCAAUUAUGGAAGUCGCUUCAGAGCAACUUGAUGAUGUAGACUUGUUAGAAUUUGUUUUUAUUGACAAUGAUGGAUCUAUGCCUAUAGAAAUUCUCUUAGAAUGUCAAGAGUCUAUGGAAGUCCCUUCAGAGGAACCUACUAAUGAAGACGUGUUAGAAUAUGGUUUUGGGUUUGGCUUGAGAGUUCAUAAAAAUGUUGUCCAAAUAAGUUCGGAAUUUGAUGAAGUAUUUGCCAUUGAUCCUUGCAAAGUCGGGUUAGCGGAGAGAAGGAACCUUAGGCUGCAGCAUGAGCAAGAGAAGUUUAAUGAUGAACAUUAUCUUGCGGAUUUCAUAGAAAAUGAAGAGAUUUGUGAGCUUAUUGCACAAAAGUUUCCACUUGUAGAUGAUGAGCCUUUCUACUACACUGAUAACGAAUUUGACUUUCUGAAAGAUCUGCCUAAUAUACAAUAUAAUUUAUCCUUGAACCAAAUUAACUAUUGUUUUAAUGGCCUUGCAGAUAUUUUGUUUGCUUAUUGCUAUGAUCAGCGUAUCACAAAUUAUGAAGGCAAUGUUGAGUCAGGAUGGACUAUUACCAAACUAGCAGCAACCUUAAAUUGGCUUGAUGCUUAUCAAACACCUAAAGAAGCUUUUACCGCAGCAUUCAGAAGAAGUGUCAUUUAUCCUCUGUACAGGAACUUUGACUUAUCCCAGAAAGUGUUUGAUGAUGUUAAACAGCUUUUAAAAAUUAAUAAAAAAUAUAUUAUCAAAGUACUGAUUCACAUGUAUCAUAUUCUUUGUGAUGACUGUGGAAGGCACAUUCUGAACAAGCUGUUUGUCAAGGAUUACAUUAUUUACAUGAUGAAAUGGGAUUCAAGUUUAUGGAAAUUAUUUGUAUCCCAAGUUCUUGAUGUGAAGAUAACUAAGGACGACCUAGGAUUAAAUUUGACAGAGAUUGAAACCAGUUUUGUUAAAGACAAUCAGUUAGCAGGGAUGAUUAUAAGGGAGAAUGUAUCGGACAGUGACGAUGACUCAGAUUGCUCAUCAGAAGACAGCUCAGAUGAUGCAUCCAGUUCAGAGUACACCAGUGAUUCUGACUCGGACACCGAAGAUUCUUUAGUGAUUCAGGUACAGCAAACAGCGUUGUAAAAAGCUAGUUAGUAUAUUAUUAGUUUUUUUCGAGUUUUCACCAGAAGUGUUCUUGAGUUUAUUUCAGUUUGCGUUAUUCUUAUUUUAAAUUUUUAAGUAUAAAUUAUAGGUUUAAGUUUUAUUUAAUUUUUUUUUUACUUUAAACUUUUAAGUAUAAAGUAUAAGUUUUAAAUGUAAGGUAAUACCUGAUAACUUGAUAUUUACAACCUUGUCCAGGGCAGUUACAUGCAAUAAUUUAAUUUAAGUUGCAUUAAUGUUAAAGCAAAGAAGUGCAUUUUUGCGAACUGCUGUCAAAUAUGCAAGAUAAUAAACUUAUUACAGUA